UUCGAGGAACCAUCGUUUCGUUCGGUCCAGCUCCUCAACAUCCCUGAGGACGCAACAUACGCCGACAUCACCGCCGUAGUCCGAGGCGGAAUCCUAUUUGACAUCUCCAUCAUGCGUCGUUCAUCAACUGCAACGGUAACUUUUGCGGAGAGCUCAGCUGCUGAGGCCUACUACGUCCACGUCCGCAACAACUGCCUAUACAUCAAAAACAAGAAAGCAAGUCAAGCAUCGGACCGCUUCCAACAUCUCCACGAGCACUUCGCCAAGCGCAUUGCAAACGGCACAACUCGCAAUCUCGUCCUGCGCAACUGCAGUCCCACUCACACAGAGACGUCCAUCCGCAAAGAUCUCGACCACAUUCACGGCCUCGAAAUCGUGUCCAUUAAAUUCCGCAGCGGCAUGUGCCACAUCAGCACCAAUUCCGUGGCGAGCGCCAUGUACGCGCGAACCUGCAUGAUAAGCCGGCUCAAGUACAAGGGCUCCCGCCUCGAGUGGGACGUUGAUGAAUGUGCCCAGCCACUAGACCAAGUGCCCGCCAGGCCUCGUCGACGUGCCCCUUUUCCCACUGCCCUUAUUCGCCGAUCCGUCUAUAUGAGCAACCGCUUCCAGCUUCUUGAGGCUGAA